AAGAAUGUUGGAACCUGACCAGUGGGUGUGACAGUUUAUGGAAAAUGGCUAGCUGGGGAAGGGCUGCUGGAGUUUUGAGAAACUUUUUGAGGAGAUCUUGGUCGUACAGAGCGCUGCAUCGUGCCUUGGGACCUGGCAUUUUGGGGUCUCUCAUUGGAAGCGGACUGAUAUAUUAUCACUAUGAACUGAGCAAGAGGUUUUUUCCCUUCACCGUUCAUGCCGAGGAGGAAAAGUUUCUUCCAGUGUUCCAGCUGUCUGCCAGACGGAUGUGCUUCAACCAGUUUGCUUCCAUGACGUACAAUAAGGAACUCUACAUGACACCAAGGGAUUUCCUCUUCUCAAUCAUGUUGGAGAAUGUCGACCGUAAAUUACCAAAGAAAGCUCUAACCAAAAAGGAGGUGGAUAAGAUGCUGGAUGCUGCCUCACGGGUCCAGGCAGGUAACAGUCUGUUCAGAAACUUCGGAGACGAUGGUCUGAUAUCCUACACAGAGUACCUGUUCCUGUUGACUAUUCUGACCAAGCCACACACAGGAUUUCAUAUAGCUUUCAAAAUGCUUGAUAUUGAUGGCAAUGAGCAUGUGGACAGAAAGGAGUUUCUCAAGCUCAAGAAAAUCAUUGGGAAAAGAAAAGAGACGGUGCCUAAGGAAGGUGCCACAGACAUGAAACCAGUCGCAGAGGGGGAUGAUGUGAACACUACACUGCAGGCCUUCUUCUUUGGCAGGAAUGGUGAAAACAAGCUUCAGUACAAGGGAUUUUGCAGGUUCAUGGAGGACCUUCAGGCGGAGGUGCAGGAGAUGGAGUUCCUGCAGUUCUCCAAGGGUAUGGACACCAUGCGGCGGGAGGACUUUGCCGAGUGGCUGCUGCACUACACCAACGAGGAAGCCAACGAGGCCUACUGGGAGAACAUGAGGAAGAGGAUCCCCGCGGGCCAGAGCAUCACAUUUGAUGAGUUCAAAGCAUUCUGCCUCUUCACCAACAACCUGGAGGACUUUGCCUUCUCCGUGAAAAUGAUAAGUGAAGCCAACCGACCUAUCGGAAUGGUCCAAUUUAGGCGAGCUGUGAAGAUUGCCACAGGGCACGACCUCUCUGAGAACGUGCUGGACACUGUGUUCAAGAUCUUUGACCUGGACGGCGAUAACUGUCUGAGCCACAAGGAGUUUAUCGGAGUGAUGGAAGACAGAGUACUGCGCGGCUUGAAGGUGCAACCCCAGCGUGGCAUCACAAAUUACUGGAAGUGUGUGAAGAGGGAGACCCUAAAGGGGGCCCAAGAGGCCCUCCGGGACACCGGAAGCCCUUUUUGAGGGGCUAGGCCAUUGGAUGGAGAAGCGCCUUACGAGUGUUCGCUGGGUGACUCCAAUGUAAAGCAUUGAUGGCUGACCACUAGUUGACCAUUAUCACUGGAUAUUUGUCAAUGGAAUAUAAACAUGGUCCUAAUGAACUAAAUCAAUGUUUUUCAGGCUUUUUGUUUGUGAAAAUAUUAUUGCCAUAUACAGUACAAUCUAUGGGUGAGGUUUAUUCUAAUAGAAAUUGGUUGUUGUGAUGCUUGAUACCAGUCUAUGCAUACAAGGCAUAUAAAUGUGAGAUCUUUUUACAUUUUAUUGAAUGUGUCAUGGCACUUUUUACCCUGUUUCCCUCAUUCAAGUGAUUUGUUUACAGGUAGACAUGGUUUACUGUGGUAUCAUCUGAAAGUUCUAAACCUCUGACUCAUAUAGGUGGCAAGAGUCAUGUUUGAAAUAUGUUUGUCUUCAACACAUUGCUAAGUACAGUUGUGUUGUAAUAUAUUGGCACCCUUGCACGAUUCACUUUAAUUUCUUCAAUAAGUUCGACAUUUUAAGCUUUUUGUUCACCCAUGUAUUUAAGAACUGCGCAGGAUCCCAAAAAAAUUCUGAAAUGAAGAUUUUUCACUACAAAGUCAAAAUGGUGUGGACAAAAGUAUUCAGAAUUCCAAUUAAUUUGGUUGAAGGCAGGAGAUUCUUGUUUGCGGUGUAAUUUUUCGCCUGUGCUUACAGGGUACAAAGCCAUUCAAUACGUUUUGAAAACAGAACAUUCUGCUCCAUUGCACUCCAUUGUAAAGUGCAAGGGUGCCAAUCUAUUAGAUCAUAGCUGUGUACUUUUUUUUUUUUUUUUUAUAAAUUGAGAAAUGCUGCAUUGCUCCUGGAAUGUGCAUUUGGGAAAGAUUCAGACCCCUUGACUUUUUCUACAUUUUGUUACGUUACAGCCUUAUACUAAAAUGGAUUAAAUACUUUUUGCCCCCUCAUUAAUCUACCCGCACCCCAUAAUGACAAAGCUAAAAUGUUUUUUUUUUAAGCAAAUUUCUUUAAAAAACAUACCUUAUUUACAAAAGUAUUCAGAUCCUUUGUUAUGAGACUUGAAAUUGAGUUCAGGUGCAUCCUCUUUCCAUUGAUCAUCCUUGAUGUUUCUACAACUUGAUUGGAGUCCACCUGUGGUAAGUUCAAUUGAUUGAACAUGAUUUGGAAAGGCACACACCAGUCUAUAUAAGGCCCCAAAGUUGUCAGAGCAAAAACCAAGCCAUUAGGUCUAAGGAAUUGUCCAUAGAGCUCCAAGACAGGAUUGUGUCGGCACAGAUCUGGGGAAGGGUACCAAACAAAUUCUGCAGCAUGGAAGGUCCUCAAGAACACAGUGGCCUCCAUUCUUAAAUGGAAGCAGUUUUAAAUGGAAGCAGCCACUGUGACUCUUCCUAGAGCUGGCCAAACUGAGCUAUCGGGGGAGUGGGGCCUUGGUCGGGGAGGAAGAACCUGAUGGUCACUGACAGAGCUCCAGAGUUCUUCUGUGGACAUGGGAGAACCUUCCAGAAGGACAACUAUCUCUGCAGUACUCCACCAAUCAGGCCUUUAUGGUGGAGUUGCCAGAUAGAUGCCACUCCUCAAUAAAAGGCACAUGACAGCCUGGUUGGGGUUUGCCAAAAGGCACCCAAAAAACUGACCAUGAGAAUCAAGAGUCUGAUGAAACCAAGAUUAAACUCUUUGGCCUAAAUGCCAAGCGUCACAUCUGGAGGAAACCUGGCACCAUCCCUACGGUGAAGCAUAGUGGUGGCAGCAUCAUGCUGUGGGGAUGUUUUUUUAGGGGCAGGGACUGGGAGACUAGUCAGGUUGGAGGGUAAGAUCCUUGAUGAAAACCUGCUCCAGAGACCUCACUGGGUCGACGGUUUACUUUCCAACAGGACAACGACCCUAACCACACAGCCAAGAAAACACGAGUGGUUUCGGGACAAGUCUCAAUGUACUUGAGUGGCCCAGCCAGAGCCCAGACUUGAACCAGAUCAAACAUCUCUGGAAACCUGAAAACAGCUAUGCAGUGAUACUUCACAUCCAACCUGAGCUUGAGAGGAUCUGCAAAGAAUGGGAGAAACUCCCCAAAUACAGGUGUUCAAAGCUUGUGUCAUACCCAAGAAGACUCAAGGCUGUAAUCGCUGCCAAAGGUGCUUCAACAAAGUAGAGUUGGCGGACUGAAUACUUAUUUAAAUGUGAUCAGUAUUUACUUUUUUGCUAAAACUUAAAAAAAAAAGUUUUUGCUUUGUCAUUAUGGGGUAUUGAGGGAAACAAACUAUUUCAUCCAUUUUAGAAUAAGGCUGUAACUUAACAUUUGGAAAAAGUGAAAUGGUCUGAAUACUUUCCGAAUGCGCUGUAAAUACAGAACCAUUUUCAGCAAUAAAUGUAAACAAAGCGUAUCAUUACAAGUUGGUAGAACUGCAAUUGCACCACCAAAAAGGGAGCAAGAAAAAAAACAAGUGCAAUGAAUGUUCUGUCAUUUAUUAUAGAGUUGACCCCAUUCGAUCACAUUUGAGUACGUGGGCUAACCAUUGAAGCAUGUGUUGCUAAUUAUCUAACCGUACAUAUAUUUGGGAGGAUUUCAGGAAAAGUCAAUAGACAGACAAACAACGAGCUUACUUCUGUGGUAGAUGAAACAGAGUGACUUGAUGCCAGAGGUUAUCAGCAAGUACAGCAUACAUAGAUACAAUACAAUUACAGCGCACAAAGCAGUCUUUGGUCUUCUUACCACUAUAAACUCAUACAUAUAAAUGUGUAUUGUAUCAAAAGUAGAAAUUACAUAGUCGUUGAAAGUAAAUUCACAUUUUUGACAUACACUAUAUGUAAUAAAGGAGCAUACAUAGGAGAGACAUUGUAUGUGUUAAUAAAAUGUUGAAACCAUGACUUUAA